AUGUCUCUAGUAUCCGAGGCCAUCUGGGCAGCGUCCCCUUCCACGACGCGUGGACAAGCAACACCUCUGUCCUCAGACCCCAAGGGCGAACGUAUCGCCUAUGCCUCGGGCAAAUCCGUCUUCCUCCGCUCCAUCGACGAUCCGGCUGUUAGUAAACAAUACACGCAACACACAACACAGACGACUGUCGCCCGUUUCUCCCCCUCGGGCUUCUACGUUGCCAGUGGAGAUGUAUCGGGUACUGUGAAGGUGUGGGACUGUGCAGGUGAAGGAGCUACAAAAGGUGACUACCACAUCAUCGCUGGCCGCAUCAAUGACUUGGCAUGGGACGGUGACUCGCAGCGUAUCAUAGCAGUCGGCGAUGGCAAAGAGCGUUUUGGACACUGCAUCACAGCAGACAGCGGCAACAGCGUGGGUGAGAUCUCGGGACACUCUUCACAGAUCAACUGCGUCUCCAUCCGCCAGCAACGACCGCUUCGCGCCGCCACAGGCUCCGACGACACCAGCCUGGUCUUCUACCAUGGCGCUCCUUUCAAGUUCAACACCAGUCUCAGAGGGCAGCACAACCGCUUCGUCUUUGGCACCGCCUUCUCACCUGACGGCUCUGUCUUCGCCAGUGUUGGCGCUGACAAGCGCAUAUGGCUAUACGAUGGCAAGACUGGAGAGGCCAAGGGACAAAUUGGCGAAGGAAUACACACUGGCAGCAUCUUCGGCAUCUCAUGGUCCAAGGACUCGAGCAAGUUUGUUACAGCCAGCGCGGAUCAAACUGUCCGUAUAUGGGACCCUGAAGCAGGCAAGAACAUUCAGACCUGGAGGAUGGGCGAAGAAGGCGUCGCUAGUAUACCCGACCAGCAAGUCGGUGUGGUAUGGCCCACAGGCCGUAGCGACGGUUUGAUCGUCAGUGUAGACCUCGACGGAAACUUGAACUACCUCGUCGACGGCAACCCAAAGCCAACACGCGUUGUUCGCGGCCAUGCGAAGAACAUCACAGCAGCAGCCAUUGCUGGAUCCACUUUCACCACAGGAAGCUACGAGGGCCGCGUCUUAGCAUGGGACACUACCACCGGAUUGGCCGACAAGGUCGAAGGCGCAGCACACUCCAGCUACGUCGCCGGCAUCACAACUUCCGACAGUAAGAGUGAGGCGGAGCUGUACAGUGUUGGCUGGGAUGACACGUUGCGUUCCAUGUCAGUCCCAGACAAGAUCUUCACUGGAGAGGCUCACGAUCUCAAGUUUCAACCCAAGGGCGUUGCUGCAACAUCGAGCACUGUAUUGAUCCCAUCGGCUGAUGCGAUAGCAAUAUACUCCAAGGGCGACAAGGUUGGCUCGUUAUCAGUCAAGUAUUCGCCAACCUCAAUCGCGGCGCAUGGCUCUACUGUCGCCGUUGGCGGAGACGAUAAGCUCGUACACAUAUACACACUCUCGGGCACCGAGCUCAAAGACACAGAGACAGUGCUCCGCCGCGCAACCGCACCCAUCUCUGCACUUGCCUUUUCCGCUUCAGGAAAGAAACUAGCAGUAGGUGCUGGCAACGGCAAGAUCUACGCAUACGAGGCAGACGCAGACUGGAAGAUCAUUACAGACAGAUGGAGUGCACAUACCGCUCGCAUCACUUGUCUGGCCUGGGAUGAGAGUGAGAACUAUGCCGCAAGUGGUAGUCUGGAUACGAAUGUCAUGGUCUGGAGCACUGAAGACCCUGGCAAGCGUAUCAAGGCUCUCAAUGCGCACAAAGAUGGGGUCAACGGUGUUGGGUGGGAAAAGGCGAACAAGGUGAUUUCGGCGGGCGGUGAUGCUAGUAUCAAGGUCUGGAGUGUGAAGGCGUGA